AUGCCUGCCUCUUUUACUGCCGACAACAUCGCCCCGGCCUCAUCAUCAGGUGUCCAUAGCGGGUCGGAGCCGAAGCUCCUUGAACUCGGCCCGGACCUGGCCGUCUACAUCGGCGCCGAGCGAGACGCACGCUUCAUCUACAAGGAAAUUUAUCAAGACCAUUGCUACGAUGUGUCUACUCUACCGGCGGACCCCUUCAUCAUCGAUGCCGGCGCCAAUAUUGGCCUCUUCACGCUCUACAUGAAGGCCAAGUACCCAGCCGCGCGCAUCCUGGCCUUCGAGCCCGUACCCCAGAUCUUCUCUCUGUACCAGCGGAACCUGGCCCUGCACGGCGUUGCCCCGGCAGACGUGGCCGCCCACCAGUGCGCACUGGGCUCUGGGAGUCCCGCCGCCACCGCCUCCACGAAAAUGCUGACCUACUUCCCCAACGCGCCGGGGAACUCGACAUUUGUGCCGCAGGAGAAGGAACUGCUUCGUAAGGCCCUACCAGAGGAGCACUACCAGCGCAUGAUCGACCGGUCCAGCGCGGGGGCGACGCAGGUCCCUGUGCGGGUGGAGCGGCUGUCGCGGUUCCUCGACGAAUACGAGGACCUGGCGCGCAUCGACUUCCUCAAGAUCGACGUGGAGAGCUGGGAGCUCGAGGUGCUCCGAGGCGUGGACGACUGCCACUGGGCCAUGGUGCGCAACGUCGCGGUCGAGGUGUCGGAGCUGAGCGGGCUGCGCGAGGACAUCGAGGCGCUGCUGCGGGAGAAGGGGUUUGCCGUGGAGAAGGAGCUGGCGGAGUGGAGCUACGAGACCGCGCCGACUUAUACAGUGCUGGCGAGGCGGCCGGACGGAGUGUAG